GACAGUUUCUGUUGCUAUGGUGAUGACGCUCUCCCCGUAAACGGUGGCACGUCCGUAAGAGCUGCUACUUCCACAUUUAAUGACGUUUAAAGCUCGGGGAGAUGAUAGGAAACUGACACAGCCACCCCUCUCUUUAACCCAGCGGAGGCGAACCCCUGACAGCAGCAUCCCUGACAUGCCCCACAAGGCGGACUGCGCUUAGCCGGUGUGGCUAGUCGGUUUAUCCACAUUUCCCGAUAUUUUAGAAGAUAUUCGACGGCCGCGUAUUUUUAGCUGUAAGGUUGCGAGGCCAGUUGUGUGUCCGAACAAAAUCCACCAUGGCGUCAGCAAAUGUAACACUGGAAAAUCAGUUGCAGAGUGCACAGAAAAACCUGCUCUUCCUCCAGCAGGACCACGCCAACACGCUGAAGGGGCUGCAUGCAGAGAUCCGCAGAUUACAGCAGCAGUGCACAGACCUGACGUAUGAGCUCACUAUCAGAAGCUCCGAUCCCUCAGACAGCAGCGAGGCCCGAUGCAGAGAGCUGCAAAGGAGGUGUGAGGAGCUAGAGGCCCAGUUGAAGAAGAAAGAGGAGGAGAACACAGAGCUUCUCAGGGACCUGGAGCAAAAGAACGCCAUGAUUUCUGUCCUGGAAAACACCAUCAAAGAGAGAGAAAAGAAGUACCUGGAGGAGCUUAAGAUGAAGAGCCAUAAACUGGCUGUUUUGUCUGGGGAGUUAGAGCAGAGAGCCAGUACCAUUGCUUACCUUACCUCACAACUACACGCCACUAAGAAAAAGCUGUUAGCCAGCAGUUCCUCUGAGGCCAGCCCUAACGCCAGUCCUGUCACCUCGUACAAGCCCACGCCUCCACCGGCCAAGGACAGGCAGCCUGAAACCCCACGUCGCCGCAUGAAGAAGAGCCUCUCCCAGCCUCUACAUCCAGAGUUGACAGAGGUGUAUCGCCUUGGAGCGGACGGUAGACGGAUGGUGCUGCGGGAGACAGUGGAUGCCAUGCCUGACCCAACACCCUUCUUGCAGGCAGGCAGAGAGUCUCCUGAACCACAGGUAGUUCGUGAGCGGCCUGCUGUCAUCCCUCCCAUUGCCUCUGAGCGCUCACAUGCUCCUCCACUGGGCGCUACGGCAAGUCCGCGACACAGCCCCGCACGGGACCGUCAGUACAGGGCUCACGUGGGCGUGGCACACCGCAUUCCACAUGGCACUCCUCCCCUGGCUCCGCCACAGGCGGACGUGGAGACUCUGGCAGUGGACCAGGUCAACGAGGAGAAGGUUGUGCGGAAGCGCUCGGGAGCCGACAGGACAGUUUAACACUGCACUGUAUACCUGCACCUUAAAUGCACAUCUACUGUAUACACACCACACUGCAAGAACAAGAAGCAGCCUGAACCACUUUGUAGCCUGCUUUUUACGCAACACUGCAAUAUUAAAAAAGAAAUUAUGAAAGUAUAUUAUGAUUUGGUGAUGGUAUUCCAUUAGGACUUUUGUUUUUUUCAUAUACAGUAGAAAUGGACUACUAUAAAGCAUGCCAAAUGUUUAUUUACUGUACACCCCAGUGAGUCCUUGUACUAUCACACAUUGACUUUUUGCUUAGGCUUUCACUUCAUUCUGUCUUACAUGGUGCACACAACAAAUUCUUAGCCAAAUAUCUGAAUCAGUGCCUGCUGAACCAGUUUUACCAUACACGAGCUGCGUAAUGUAGUCAUGGCUAAUAGUUAUAUUUACAUAUCUCUGUCUGCUUCAUCUUCUCUGGACAUAUCAACAAACUGUAUAACAAGCUGUGUGCAGCUGCUUAGGAUAGAGCUGAAAUAAUUAAACUAUUACUCCCUGAA